GCGAUUUGUUGUUCUCCAUUCAACGGUCUACUAUGUCGAUCCUCAGAACAGUUGAAACACCCUAACCCGGCCGGGUACUACUUUUACUAAAAUGCCCUUGAUAAAUAAAGUGUUCAAACCUUAAAUUGCAGCGGGAAAAUUUUUCAUAAAUAAAAUACUGAAAACACACACUUGUAGUUCAAAGUGAAGCCCUAACACGUGGGCAAAUUAAACUCAAACUUUAAAAUCUCAAUCUGAUCUCAAAAUAAUCUCCAGUCUGUACUCAUAAUCAUAAAUUUAAAUAACUAACAAUCUCUGUAGUGGUUGCUACUGAAAUCUUUGACUAAGCAUCAUCCGUAACGCUUAUACUGCUCUCCUCUAGCUGGCUGCCCUCGAACUCGCUGCUCAAUACUGCUCCUCUAGCUCUUUCUCUAGCUCUUCAAACUGGUGAGUGAGAUGGGGUCAGUCUACGCCCUUACGUUUUAAUACUUCUACUACUUGAGUACUUUACUUAAACACUUACUUUAGCUAGUGGAAGUUGGUUGUACUUCCAAUCUUAAAAUCUUAACUCUUAAACUUUGAGGGAGUUAGAGUUACUCUCCUCUCUUAAAACUCAAAUCUUGACUUAAAUACUUGACUGACACGGGGAUCCCUCACUAGCUAGUCCGGUUGCCAACUCAUACGUAUGAGAAGCCAUUCAGGCUUUCCUUAAACUUAAACUUAGUUAGGGAAGUCGUAACGAUUCAUCCCCCUAACAUCUUAAACUUAUCGUGGUGGCUCUUCACCACGAUUCUCAAGGGCAUAACUGCUGCCCACCUUAAAAAUCUCAAGAGCAUAACUGCUGCUCUAACUCAAACUGUCUCAAAAGGCAACGGACUGGCGCUAGUGACUAAAAACACUUAAAACGACUUCACCUUCUUGAAGGUGAGUUACUUCUUUAAAAAGAACUUGCUUCUUACUCUUAAUAAUAACUUAUACUCGUUAAAAUUUCAAGGUACUUAAUAAACACUCACUUCAAGCAUAGCUCAAACAAAAUCACCUCAAAUAGCACGAAAUCAUCUCAUACCCUAACUCAAGCAAAGCACAAACAAUCAAUCAUACACAUAACCAAGCAACGAUAACCAAAUCGCUAAAAUACUUAAAAUCAUAAUACUUAAAAAAAUACGUAAGGCGUAGAAUUUACCCCCUUUACACUCACCUUAAUACUGAAGUCAAAACCUCGAGAUAAGGCUGUUGUGCCCUGGUCUCCAUGAAACCACAUUUUUGCACGGCAUCUCAUCAAAACAGGCACGAGCAGACGAGAUGUUCUUCACCCUUGGCAUCUUUAGGAAGAGCCCGCUUCACUUCUACUUGCUUCCCGUUCAAAUCAUGAAAUGUUUUGUGCAACACUCUAUCGACCCAAUCCUCCGACUCAAAGGAAAUAAAUCCAAACACUCGAUUGGCCAUAAGAUCCUGCCGCCAUCACCUGGACUAUCUACUUCCCCACAAGAAGGCGAUCUCACCUGGACCAUCCAUUAUCUGGCGGUAGUGAAAUUGGUGAUGACGAUGUGAUAGAAGGAUGGACUUGUCCGCUUGCGAGGGGAAAGGACAAGUGCUUCCGGCGGUGAGACGCGCAAGGGAGCGUCUUGGGCGGCGAAAAUUGGAUGGAGUCGAGGGUUUUGGAAAACCUUGAGGGCCGAGCUCCCUCUCGGUUUAUAUGUAUUUCUUUUUAAAUAAUAAUAUAGUUAUUAUUAUUAUUAUUAUUCAUAAACCGUGGUUGCAACCCUUCGUACGUAACCAUCGAUCCAAUCAUUUGGUCGAACCUAACCCAAAAUUCGGGAUGUUAUAUUUCCUCCACCCUUAUAAAAAUUUCGUCCCCGAAAUUUGCUUGAAACUCGUUGCUCAUUCUACACCAUCUUUGUAUUUCCUUGCCUCAAGAAUUUACUCUAGCUAAAUGUACUUCGAUGAUGUCCGUUACUUGUAAGAUGUCCGUUGCUUGUCCCGUAUGAUUUACUUCACUUCUUAAAUUUCCUCUUGACCAUAGAGGAGAUUCUCACCAAGCUCGUUAGCAUCGGCCAGCUUUGGGUGGCUACUUAUCCUUUUUAAUUCCCCACUUGGGCAUAAGGCGUGACGAGACAACACAUCAAGUCGAUUUAUUGGUCCAGCCUAUUCCGUACUUGUUUUUGAACCUUAGAUCGAAUUCGAGGUGUCACAUUUCCUCCCUCCUUAAGAAAAAUUUCGACCUCGAAAUUUGUUCAUUGCUGAUAACCUAAAGUCUAACUUGAGGUAAUCCUUCUUCUGCAAGGACUUAUACUUCCUUUACCUUAUACAACCUGGAGCUAUAAACCCUUUCCUCCAAUUCGUGUGCUUCUUGACCAACUAAUUACUCGCCCACUUUUCAUAAAUCUCUUGCUCAAGCUAGUUACUUGCUCAACGCGUCUAUGGCACUCUACCUUCUUAAAUGCCUCUGAUGCUAUAAUGGCUUCGUAGCUCAUAUUGCUCUCAACUAUUUGUCUUGGGUCUCUACUUAGGAUUCCUUAAGAACUUUAAGGAAAUAAAUUAUUAGCCAGCCCUAUUCAAGUCAUGACUCGUUGUAACUUCAGCUCAUACCAGGCCCAAACCUUGAACUUGGUCCUCCCUAUCUUGACUGCUGACCACUCUCCUUGGUAUAGAAUGUUUGACCUGCUUAAUGAUUAACUCCAGUGCUGAUUCCUAGGUAUCGCUUCUUCUCCCUUUAUAGGCCUCGUUAUUCUCCUCUUUGAUAAUUUCACUUGAUACGCACUCUUGAUGCCGGAUUCACCAUAUAUGGUUGCUUUAGCAUGAGAAAAUCCCUUACACAUCCCUAUUGACAUUCUUAAUACCCCUUUCAACCCAAAGGUUACUAAUGGCGUCUUAACCUCCAUCUUGUUAUCACAACUCCUUUAAUGUAACCUCAUCUGUGGUUGACCACAUCGGUCACCUAGGUCCUUGUAUCUCCUAACUUGUAUCUCUUACCUCCUUCCUCGAUACUUAAUCUUAUCCGUUGAUCAUAAACAGAAAGGUCAUCUCCUCGUUACUUCUUUCUUAAUGCCGAGACCUCAUACUACUGCUUUUACUUUCUGUAUGCGUCAGAGGCAUCCAUUGCAUCGCAUCCCUAACUUGCAUUCAAAUUGGUGCUUCUUUCAAGACUCAUGACAUUCUCCUUAGCUUGCUUGUUCACCACUGGCCGCCUAAAUAAUACUCCCUUAUUGUUGUUUGGAUUUGCAGUUCUCGUACUAUCCAUUCCGCCACUCUUAGACCCUAGCUGAAAUUCCUCAUACGGUUUCCCCGUCCAACAUAGUCUUACCCGAGAGAUUGACACCUUUCACCAGUAUAGGCAAUUAUUGGUUUCACUUUGGGGUAUCCUAGCAGGUUCCCUAAACUUAUAUCCCUCUUACUUCGUUACUCUCACUCUUCUUCUUGAUGUUCCUCGCUAGUUCUAUAUGUCCCUCGUCCUUGAUGCAGUCAUUUUGAUGCCCAUAUUCUCUUCUCACUUAUGUACCUUGACCGAUAAGGUUUUCCCUUCGACCGUUCUGGACCACCACACUUCUACUUUAAAGUUGACCAUUGAGCUUCUCCGUUCUUGAUGGGCUUCCUAUGGUCCAACUUAUUCUCCAUAGUCAAUCACCUUAACGCCUCCUUGUUGACCUUCGUAUUCUUUCGCCGGCUCUUCCUAACUAUCUUUCUUCCUGAAUUUGUCGUUUUAUCAACUACCACCAUUUUCACCAUAACUUUCAUUACAGCUUGUGGUUCCCUCCUUACUUCCACAACUCCUUCAUCGACGCUCGGUACUAGCUUUGAUCUACUCAGUUUAGUAGCUCCUCGCCAUACCUCAGAGCCAACAUUUCCACUAGAAACUUUCUCUGGGUAGACCUGACAGAUGACACUCACGACUUCUACUCACGAUGGUGCUCGACCACGUCCCAACUAUCUUCCUUCACGCAUUCAUUGUCCGGUCGACAACCACCCUUUUUAUUUUAUUUCGUAUAGCGUCCUAUGGUGUUCUCCUUGCUCCUUUACUUUUACUACCCUUCUGUUGAUACUUGUACUAUUUUCGGUCACCAACCCAGUUGAGUAUCUUCUCGUUGUUGUUUUGGGUCACAGCUUCCAAUAGGGGCUUGCCCUUGGUAGGCUUGAACAUACCUCAUCCACGUCUUUUGUCUCGACCGAUGCUUAUACAUAACCUUAAUCUCUUAAUCAUAGCUCUUAGCGACUUAACUAGAUAUCACUAAUUUAUCCUUAACUGGCCGUCUUUUAUGGAUGACAUCCUACUUCGUCGUACUCGCUCAGAGUGGGGCACCUUGGGUAAGGUAACUUAGUGAUUUCCUUCUUCUUGGUAAUGCUUUUCCUCGUCGUACCUCUUUGUGCAGCUUCUUGACCUCGAGUCACCUGAUACUUGACCCAUUGACUUCUUGAAAUCUCGUCAAACUCCCUCUGGCCUUUUUGCUCUUCCUUGGUAUUGGUCGCAAACUCUCUUCCUUACGACCGUUUAGACUCUUCCUCGAAUUCUCCAACUUUCAUAGAACUUCUAAUGAACGUGGUACUUGCUUGUCUAUACCCGGUUGAUUGAAUGAUUUACUCCUACGGCUGGUUCCGAGACCUCAGCUCUUAGUCCUCUAGUUCCAACUUAGUAGAGAGGUUCCUCCUUCUAUCACUCCUCAUGUACCCUAGGAGGCUAGGUGUUCCCUCUAUUUAAGAGAGGACAAUCCCAUAAUAGAUCGUCGUGAACUCUUGCAUACCCCUUCCAACGGUCCCAACGUCCUCCUGACCUUUUGUGAUCUGGGUAGUUUGUAGGGUCUCUACUAUCCUCCUUCUAACUCGGUGUUAUCUUGGUAUCCCACUCACGCACUUUUGAGAAGUGGUUCUCUAUUCGUACUGCCAUCUACUAGCUAACUGUUAUUCCCUCUCACAUUCCAUGUCUUUUCUUAUGUAUUGACCCCCCACUGUCUUCUAACAGGCAUGCUUUAGACUUCGGUGGCACUUUCCUCCACGUCUCGUCCAAUGGUGGUCGUACUGAGACCAUAACUUGUCCUCUACAUCAUUUAUCUCGUUGCUUGUCUUAUUCCUUCUAAAGGGUUUUCAUCGGCCCAACUUCCCAGGGUCAUGUUGACUCUUGUCUUGUUCCCUUCAAAAGCUUGAUACCGGUCCAAUUCCCCAGGGUCAUGUACCCUCUUCUAGAUGACGUAGUUUAUCUACAAGGGUCCCUUCAUCGUCAUAUGUAAAUGAUUAUACCUCCUCUACGCCUUGGCCUUUUGACUCUUUGACGUCCUUUCAGACCCCCUCUAACCCACUUACUUCCUCAUUUACUUCAUUUACACUACCCUAGCUCCUCUUGAAGUCUAAGCUUUUCACUGCUCCUUGUCACUAUGUUGUAAUAGCGUUGACCACUAAAGCUAGUUGAGGGACCUCUCGUGGUACCUCUUCAUUUCUUGGCUCGUCGCUUCCUCGACACUUCUUAGGGUCAAGGACCCUGAAAUCCUCCCAUCGUUAUAGCUACUGACAUCUAGUGACUGUAGCUCUUUCUUCGGAGAUUCAUAGUUCUCCUAUUUGUUUGCUUUUGCUUAUUAGAUCCUCUCCUUGCUACCUAGUAGUGGAAUCCUCGUACUACUCCUUCAACUCCUUCAAAAUCCUAGAGGUAUUCCUCUACGAUUGAAACCUCUUCUAUUAGAACUUUAGUUAUUUACCUUAAUACGAUUAGAGUAGACUGAAGAUCCUAUAAACUCUUAAAAGAAGA